AUGUCGUCCUUCGACUCCGUCACGGCAGUUGCCGGCGACGACGACCCGCUGAUGUCACAGACUCCCUUCGAUCCUACCGUCGAUAUCCCGGGCGUCUACAAUGCCGACGACAGUGGGGGACAUACCUUGCAUCGCGGCCACCGCUUCGCCACGUCCUACUCGUCCUUCGGCACCGCCCUCUCCGAGGACGACCUUGCCGGGAUCGCGGGCGACGGUGGGUACGGCGGCUACGGCAUGCCGCCGGACUCGAAUGGCACCGGCUACGGGUACAUCGGUGUCGAGGAAGUGAUGGGCGUGCAUCACGGUGGCAUUGGUGCCGGUUUCCACGGUGGUGGCAUUGUUGACGACGUGUUCGUCGGGGCUGUCCUGCCGCCGCCAGAGGCCAUGCGAGAGGAGGGCAUCCUCCGGCGUGAGUGGCGUCGGCAGAACAGGUUGACGCUGGAGGAGAAAGAGCGCAAGGAGAAAGAGCGGCGCAGCGAGAUCAUCGCGGAGGCCGAUGAGUUCAAAAAAUCUUUCCUCGAGAAGCGCAAGCUGAACUGCCAGAACAAACGGACACAGAACAGAGACAGGGAGAAGCUGUUCUUGGCGAACCAAGAAAAAUUCCACAAGGAGGCGGACAAACAGUACUGGAAGGCGAUUGCGGAGCUGGUCCCUCACGAGAUCCCGGGGCUGGAGAAGAGGGGCGCCGCCAGAAAGAAAAAGGAGCUGGAGAAGAAGCCCAACAUCGUGGUGGUGCAGGGGCCAAAGCCGGGCAAGCCCACUGAUCUCUCCCGGAUGCGCCAAGCCUUCAUGAAGCUCAUGCAGAGCCCGCCGCCACACAUGGUGCCGCCGCUGCCCCCGCCGGCGAAGGAGGAUGCCAAGAAAGACGGUGACGCCAAGAAGGAUGGCGGCAAAGACGCAAAGGAGGUGGAGCAGAAGAAGGACGGCAAGCAGGCAGCUGGAGAGGGUGAGAAGAAGGGCGCGGCCGAUGGCGCAAAUCCUACAGUAGGUGGCAAGGUAGCCGCAGCCCCUCCGGCGGCAACAGAGAGUACGGCGGAUAAAGUACCUGAGCAACCGACGCCGGCGAAGAAGUGA